CAAUAAAGUUCCAGAUAGGCCUUAACGGUUGAGGCGCGCCAAAACCCGCUCACUCUCUCUGCAACUAUGGCAUUCCCUUUAUCCUGCGCCACCAUCUCUCACAACCUCUCCUUCAAUGCCUCCACUCGCAGGCUUAGUUUCAGACCAGCCCAUUUCAUAUUCUGCUUCAACAGGAUCGACCCACAAAAAUUGGGCCGCUCCAGAGUCCAUUGCAUCUCCAACAAGAAUCUAUCAGAGGAACUCAAAGACCAACGCAGUACUCUUUCCAAUUCCUACAUGUCAACUAAUGGAUAUAAAAAGAAACUUGAGAGUUUAAUUGCUGUGAUCCUUGUGGUUGUCCAAAUAUCCUCUCCGCUUCCUUUGGUUGGUUGGGAGUUUUGGCCUAUAUCACCUGCGAACGCGGUUCUUUAUUCUCCAGACACUAAGGUUCCCAGAACAGGAGAGUUAGCUUUAAGGAGGGCUAUACCUGCAAACACAAACAUGAAGGCCAUGCAGGAUUCUCUGGAGGAGAUACUUUACUUGCUGAGAAUCCCACAGAGAAAGCCUUAUGGAACCAUGGAGGGGAAUGUGAAAAAAGCUCUAAAGAUAGCAACAGAUGAAAAGGACUCAAUUUUGGCAAGUGUACCCACAGACUUGAGGGAGAAGGCUUCCACCUUACAUGCAUCUCUUAUCGAUGGAAAGAAUGGAUUGCAAGUUCUUCUUGGAUAUAUAAAGGAUAAGGAUGCAGAUAAAGUAUCUGUGGCCCUUGCAUCUUCACUGGAUACCAUUGCUGAGCUUGAGUUAUUACAGGCUCCAGGCCUGUCAUUCUUGUUACCUGAGCAAUACCAGAGAUACCCAAGGCUUACAGGGAGAGGAACUGUUGAAUUAAUCAUUGAGAAAGGUUACGGUUCAACAUUUUCUCCAGAAGCUGGUGGCGAACCAAGAAAGACAGCCAGUAUUCAGGUUGUUAUAGAUGGAUAUUCAGCACCAUUAACAGCGGGUAAUUUCGCAAAACUGGUAAGUGAUGGGGCAUACAAUGGGGCAAAGCUCAGCUCGACCGACCAAGCUAUUCUCUCAGAUAGUGGUCUUGACAAGAACAGUGGUUCUAGUGUUCCUUUAGAAAUCAAGCCAUCUGGGCAAUUUGAGCCCUUGUAUAGAACAAAAUUAGAUGUCCAGGACGGGGAGUUGCCAGUUCUUCCGCUAUCUGUUUAUGGAUCAGUUGCAAUGGCACAUAGUGAAGCCUCUGACGAGUACUCCUCACCAUAUCAGUUUUUCUUCUAUCUUUAUGAUAAAAGAAAUGCUGGCUUGGGAGGAUUAUCAUUUGAUGAAGGAGAAUUUUCAGUUUUUGGAUACACAACAGUUGGGAAAGAUAUUCUUUCACAGAUAAAAACUGGAGAUGUGAUUCGAUCUGCAAAGUUGGUCGAAGGUCAAGAUCGUCUAGUGCUGCCAAAUGAGAAGUGAUUUGUUCUCUUGCCACACCAGGACUUCUUUCAUUCUUUACAUCUGUUGUGUUUUAGUCUUUUAGAAGGUAGCAGCAGCAGCCUGAUUUUCUUGGUGCAGGUUGUGUACGGUUGUACCUGAACUUCUCCUCCCAUUCCUCUUGUAUCGACAAUAUAAAUAUUGACUAAAAGAAGUGUUAUAAGAUUACAAUCAACUAUACUGGAUCAUUAUUCCAAUUUCCAGCUUA